AAGGAGAAUAAGAAGAAUAACAAUAACAAUAAGGAAGAGGAGAGGAAGAAGAAGAAGAAGAAAAGGAAGAAGAAGAGAGGAAGAAGAAGAAGAAGAAGAAGAAGCCCCGCCCCCCUCACUAAAUAGCCUGUUAGCCGACUCCAACACCUGUUUUCGCUUUACCCAAGCGAUGGAGGUGACGAUGGACCCAUUGUUCCUGGCAUGGAGCUAUUUCAGGAGGCGAAAGUUCCAACAAUGUUCUGAUAUUUGCUCUAAAAUAUUACAAGACAGCCCCUACGACCAGGCUGCAUGGAGCUUGAAAACUCGUGCUCUCACAGAGAUGGUAUACAUAGAUGAAAUUGAAGUCGACCAGGAGGGGAUUGCAGAGAUGAUGCUGGAUGAGAGCUCUAUUGCCCAAGUUGCUCGACCUGGAACAUCACUGAGGCUCCCUGGAACAAGUCAGGGUGGAGGUCCCUCACAGGCUGUCAGGCCUAUGACACAAUCAGGGCGUCCAGUAACAGGAUUUGUAAGACCAAGCACGCAGUCAGGGCGCCCAGGGACGAUGGAGCAGGCUAUCAAGACUCCCCGCACUGCAAGCACUGCCCGUCCUGUCACCAGUGCUUCAGGGAGAUUCAUCCGCCUGGGAACAGCCUCUAUGUUAACCAAUCCAGAUGGACCAUUUAUUAACCUGUCAAGACUGAAUCUGGCAAAGUAUUCCCAAAAGCCUGAUUUAUCCAGGACACUUUUUGAGUUCAUCUUCCAUCAUGAAAACGAUGUGAAAAAUGCUUUAGAUUUGGCUGCUCAAGCUACUGAACAUGCUCAGUUCAAAGACUGGUGGUGGAAAGUCCAGCUGGGGAAAUGCUACUACAGGCUUGGCUUAUAUCGAGAAGCAGAAAAACAGUUUAGAUCAGCUCUCAAUCACCAGGAGGUGGUGGAUACAUAUCUCUACCUUGCGAAGGUGUAUCAGCGUCUGGAUCAACCAAUAACAGCACUCAACCUUUUCAAGCAAGGCCUGGACCACUUUCCUGGUGAGGUUACCCUUCUGACAGGAAUUGCUCGCAUACAUGAGGAGAUGAACAACAUUCCAUCAGCCACCGAGUACUACAAAGAUGUCCUGAAGCAGGACAACACUCAUGUGGAGGCCAUAGCCUGUAUAGGCAGCAAUCAUUUCUACACCGAUCAGCCUGAGAUCGCCCUACGCUUCUACAGACGGCUCCUCCAGAUGGGGGUGUAUAACUGCCAGCUGUACAACAACCUGGGCCUGUGCUGCUUCUAUGCCCAGCAGUACGACAUGACUCUGUCCUCAUUUGAGAGGGCACUGGCCCUGGUGGCCAAUGAUGAAGAGCAGUCGGAUGUGUGGUACAACAUUGGACACGUGGCUGUGGGCAUAGGGGACUUGACACUGGCCUACCAGUGUUUUAAACUUGCCUUGGCUUUUAAUAAUGACCAUGCUGAAGCCUACAACAACCUCGCUGUGUUGGAGCUGCGCAAAGGUCGCAUCGAACAGUCUAAAGCCUUCCUGCAGACUGCUGCAUCACUGGCCCCUCACAUGUAUGAGCCGCACUUCAAUCUCUCCAUUCUCUCUGAAAAGAUUGGAGACCUUCAGAGUAGCUACACUGCGGCCCAGAAGUCUGAGGACUCCUUUCCCGAGCACGUCGACACUCAACAGCUUCUUAAGCAACUUCGGCAGCACUUUGCAGUGCUGUGAGCGUCAGACCAGCUUUAGGUCAUUUUGAUAGUGAAAGGUCGGUAUGUUAUUCAGACAUGGAAAUCAACAAAUGGCUGUUAGUUUUUAUUUGUGUUUAUUUGUCAAAUGGUACAUUAGCACCAGUGGCUAAGUUAAUUGUGAUUAAUAUCUGUGACUUUUGUUAGAUGAACUUAAAAAUCUGACUCUAUAUCACAAAACAAAUGACAUGAAUGAAUGUACAAUUCAUGGGAAGCUGGAUGUUUCCCAGCUUAACUGGUAAUUUAGUGUGUAGUUUUGUAUAGCAAAUACAAAAUAUAUGUGUACAUAGUAAAGGUAAAUAUUUUAUUUAUUACAGUAAAAUAUUUUUUUCAUUUUAUAGUCACUUCAUGAAGCAGAUGUAUUUUCUGUAUUUUAAACUACUUGACCAUUUUGUAGUACCAACAGACAAUAAAAAGACCAAAUCGGAUGACGUGUAAAA